UUUGUCAUCUUUUGAAGUUGUAGUUGAUCGAACAACAAUGGCAGUCAUGAAGGUGCAUGGAAACCCUUUUUCAACAUCAACUCACAGGGUUCUCGCUUGCCUAUACGAGAAAGAUGUUGAGUUCCAGUUUAUUAAUGUAGACAUGGGAGCUGGCCAACAUAAAUCCGACAACUUCCUUCCCCUCAACCCAUUCGGUCAAGUUCCAGCUUUUGAAGAAGGGGACUUGAAGCUCUUUGAAUCAAGGGCAAUCACUCAAUACAUUUCCCAAGAAUACAACGACAAGGGGACUCAACUGUUGUUGCCGGGAUCUAACAAGACUAUGGCGGUUCUGCAAUUGUGGAAGGAAGUUGAAGCUCACCACUUCAAUCCUCCAUCAACGAAGCUAGUCUUUGAGCUGCAUUACAAGCCCAUUUUUGGGAUGGCUAUCGACACCGUAGUUGUCGAGGAAAGUGAAGCUGAGCUUGCCAAAGUUUUAGAUGUGUACGAGGCUCGUUUGGCUCAGUCCAAGUAUUUGGCUUGUGACCACUUCACCUUGGCGGAUCUGCACCACCUGCCUAAUGUUCAGUAUUUGAUUGGAAGUUCGGCCAAGAAGCUGUUUGAUUCACGUCCACAUGUUAGUGCUUGGGUGGUUGAUAUCACUGCAAGGCCUGCUUGGUCCAAGGUCCUCGAUAUGCAGAAACAGAAGCUGUGAAGAUCAGUUGGGAUGCAAUCAAAAUCUACUAGUAUUUGAUGAAUAAUGAGAGGUUUGUAAUCGUGGCUGCAUGUUGGUUUAUGCGUUGUGUGACAGUGUGACCAUCUCUAUAGUCUAUUCGAUAGGUCAAGUUGAUCUUACAAAUAUUAUGCCUACAUUGUCC